CCCGGUGAAAAAUGUGGAAAAAUGGCCGAUAGCGUGUAUCUCUCGGAGUUGCUCGGCAUCGUUUAGCUCCUGCGGCAAAUCGCGAUCGUUCCCGCGUCAUCUCUGACAGCGCGUGUAAUGGCACACGUGGGGGCGAACCCGGCGAUAACGUCAACUUCGUAACGGUGAUUUUCUCUCUUGGAUAAACUGGAAUCCUUCGAGCAUAAUAAUAUGGCGAGUCCUUCGCCCCAGUCGUCGCCUAUGCCACCUCCACAAGCUCCUAGUCCGAUGGGUCCUCCGCAGCAGGCACCCUCUCCAUCUAAUGCGCAAGGCAGUCCAAUGGGACCGCCACAGCAUCAUCCUCACAGCCCAACGCAGGGUUAUCAAGGUGGCCCACCGAUGCAACAAGGAGGGCCACCUAUGUCGCAACCUCCACAACAACCUCCUCCUCAGCAACAGAAUUAUCCGCCUCAUCCACAGCAGAUGCCACCUAAUAUGGGUCCGCAGAAUCAAGGUCCAGUCGGACAGAUAUCUAGUUCUCAACAGGGUCCUGGAGGACCAAUGGUUCCCGGUCAAAUGGGCCCGAAUGGACCACAAAGCGGAUCGCAUAUGAUGCAAGGGGGUCCGAAUCAAAUAGGUUCUAAUGGACCUGGACAGAUGGGUCCUGGCGGACCUGGACAAAUGGGACCUGGUGGACCUGGUCAGAUGGGUCCUGCAGGCCCUGGACAGAUGGGACCAGGUGGUCCUGGACAGAUGGGUCCAGGAGGUCCCGGGCAAAUGGGUCCAUCUCACAUGGUGCAAGGCGGAGGCCCUCCCAGCGGUCCUCACAUGGGACAGGGUGGGCCAGGACAAAUGGGUCCAGGUAGUGGACCUGUUCCAGGCUCUCAGAUGAGCACCGGAGGCCCCCAGAGUUCGCAAAUGGUUUCUGGAGGACCUGGACCCGGGCAUAUGGGCGGACCUCCAGGUCAUAUGAACGCAAGCGGCCCACCAGGUCCAGGCCAUAUGACUACCAGCGGUCCACCCGGACCGGGACAUAUGAGCGGCACAGGACCUCCAGGACAUAUGAAUGCCAGCGGACCGCCUGGAUCAGGGCAUAUGAACGCGAGUGGUCCCUCUGGACCAGGUCAUAUGAACACUAGUGGACCUCCUGGAUCGGGUGGUCACAUGAAUACCGGUCCUCCGAUCCCAAGUCACAUGAACACGAGCGGUCCACCAGUAUCCACGCAUAUGAAUACAAGCGGUCCAGGAAGUCACAUGGGCCCAGGUGCUCCUGGCCAGAUGUCCGCAAGUGGUUCCGCAGGACACAAUAUAGGUCCAGGUCCAAAUCAAAUGGGUCCAAAUCAGAUGAUACCUAUCAGUCAAGCGCAAAUGGGACCUAACGGACCAAUGGGUCCCGUAGGACCAGGAUCAACAGGACAAAUUGGGCCAAAUGGACCUGGACAAAUGGGUCAUAAUGGACCGUCGCAGAUGGGUCCGAACGGACUUACGCAAAUGGGCAUGGGCGGACCACCCGGACAGAUGAGUAUGAAUGCACCAGGUGGACAGAUGGGACCAGGCGGACCAGGUAAUCAAAUGGGUCCCGCAACACCAGGCAACCAAAUGGGACCAGGUGCGCCAAGUAAUCAAAUGGGACCUGGCGGUCCUGGAGGACAAAUGGGACCAGGAAGUGGUCCAGUCGGUCAAAUGGGGCCGAAUAGUCUCGGUCAGAUGGGUCCGGGAAGUAGUCCAGGAAGCGUGUCAAUGACAAAUAGCGGACCGGUUUCCAUGGGUCCAACGAGUGGGCCAAACGGACCUACCAGCGUAGGUGUAGUUAGUGGACCCGGUGGACAAAUAACUUCAAACAGCGGUCCUGGAGGACAAAUGGGCACAGCAGGCCCUGGAGGAAGCGGUUCUGGAGGACAGAUGGGAUUAGGAAACGGUCCUGGUGCGCAAAUGAAUGCCGGUAGCGGACCAGGUGGCCAAAUGACAACCGGAAGUGGUCCUGGAGGACAAAUGGGACCAGGCAGUGGGCAAAUGGGACAUGGUGGCAGUGUGCCUGGAGGUCAAAUGGGACCAGGAAGUGGACCUGGUGGACAGAUGGGACCAGGGACUAGCCCUGCUGGUCAAAUGGGGCCAGGAGGACAAAUUCCAUCUGGCGGUCCAGGACAAAUGAUGCAAGGAGGUCCGGGUGCUCAAAUGGGUCCGAAUGCUCCGAGCAAUCAAAUGGGGCCUGGCGGACCGAAUAGUCAAAUAGGACCAUGCGGUCCAAAUAAUCAAAUCAGUCAUAUAAAUGUGAGUGGACAAAUGGGUCCUAAUGGUCCGACCAAUCAGUCUCCUACCACUCAAAUAGGUCCCGGCAAUCAAAAUCAAGGUCAAGUUCUUGGUAGCACGACACCCAUAGGUGCUCCAGUAAAUCAGAUGAGUCAAACUGGAAGUGGACAAAUCGGACCUUCUGGGCCUACAGGACCUGGACAAGGACAGGAAAAUCUGAAUGCGCUCCAAAAAGCGAUCGAUUCUAUGGAAGAAAAAGGACUACAAGAAGACCCACGAUAUUCUCAAUUAUUAGCUUUAAGAGCUCGUCAAGGUGGCAUAGAGAAACAAGCCUUUAGUUCAUCACAAUUGCAGCAAUUACGAGCUCAAAUAAUGGCAUACAGAUUGCUGGCAAGAAAUCAGCCACUACCUCAACAAAUUGUAGUAGGUGUGCAGGGUGGUGCUCCUCCUCCUCCAGGGAUGGGUCAACGCCCUAUAGAUCCGUCUCAAGGCCCUGCUACAACAGCUGGGCCACAAAUACCAGGUCCGAAUGUUAUUGGUCCCGCAGGUCCCACUCCUAGACCCGGUUGUCAAACGCCACAACAACAACAGCAGCAACCUCAGCCUGGCACUAAGACCAACAGAGUGACGAGUGUGGCAAAACCCGUUGGACUAGAUCCCUUGUUAAUAUUGCAAGAACGAGAAAAUAGAGUAGCAGCCCGUAUAUCGCUUAGAAUGGAGCAACUUAGUAAUCUACCAACAAAUAUGCCAGAAGAUCUUCGUAUACAAGCUCAGAUUGAACUGCGUAUGCUCAGAGUACUGAACUUUCAGAGGCAAUUAAGAACAGAGAUAAUAGCAUGCACACGAAAAGACACUACCUUGGAAACCGCAGUGAAUGUAAAAGCUUAUAAACGCACAAAACGGCAAGGAUUACGCGAAGCUAGAGCUACUGAGAAAUUAGAAAAGCAACAAAAAUUGGAAGCAGAACGUAAACGAAGACAAAAACAUCAAGAAUUUCUUAGUUCCGUACUGCAACAUGGCAAAGAUUUCAAAGAAUUUCAUCGCAAUAAUGUCGCAAAGUUGGCUAGGCUUAACAAAGCAGUGCUCAACUAUCAUGCAAAUGCUGAACGCGAACAGAAGAAAGAACAGGAACGCAUUGAGAAGGAGCGUAUGCGUCGUCUUAUGGCAGAAGAUGAAGAGGGAUAUAGAAAAUUGAUCGAUCAGAAGAAAGACAAACGUUUAGCUUUCUUGCUAUCUCAAACAGACGAGUAUAUCAGCAAUCUCACGGAAAUGGUUAAACAGCACAAAAUAGAACAAAAGAGGAAACAAGUUGAGGAACAAAAGCGUAAGAAGCAAAAGAAGAAAAAAUUACAAGAGAACGGUGAGAAUGCUGAAGACGGUAGUGCCAAUGAUGAUGCUCGUGUCGGUGUAAUAGAUACAGCCACUGGUCGCACAUUAACAGGCGAUGAAGCACCAUUGAUGAGUCAAUUGUCAGCAUUCUUGGAGGCUCAUCCUGGAUGGGAGCCAAUUGAAUCGGAAAGUGAAGAUGACGAAGAAGACGACGAUGAUGGUGAGAGUGAAGAUAAGUCUGACAGCAAGGAAAAAUCUACUGGUGAUUCUGAAGAAGAAAAAGUAAAAAAGACGAUACACAAGGCAAAGGUAGAAGAUGACGAAUAUAAAACAGAGGAACAAACAUACUAUAGUAUUGCUCAUACCGUUCAUGAAGUGGUUACGGAACAAGCAAGUAUUAUGGUGAAUGGAAAACUAAAAGAAUAUCAAAUCAAGGGAUUAGAAUGGUUAGUUUCGCUGUUUAACAACAAUUUGAAUGGCAUUUUGGCAGACGAGAUGGGUCUCGGUAAAACUAUUCAGACCAUUGCUCUAGUAACGUAUCUUAUGGAAAAGAAAAAAGUCAACGGUCCAUUCCUCAUCAUUGUUCCAUUAUCGACAUUAUCAAAUUGGGUUCUUGAAUUUGAAAAAUGGGCACCGAGUGUCGUCGUAGUAUCAUAUAAAGGUUCUCCGGCUGGCAGAAGAGCUAUACAAUCUCAGAUGCGAGCUACAAAAUUUAACGUUCUAUUAACAACUUAUGAAUAUGUUAUAAAAGAUAAGGGUGUAUUAGCUAAAUUACAAUGGAAAUAUAUGAUUAUCGACGAAGGACAUAGAAUGAAGAAUCAUCAUUGUAAGCUUACCCAAGUUCUAAAUACACAUUACUUGGCCCCUCAUCGAUUAUUGUUAACCGGUACACCAUUGCAAAACAAAUUGCCAGAACUGUGGGCUCUUUUGAAUUUCUUGUUGCCUUCGAUCUUCAAAUCCUGCAGUACGUUCGAACAGUGGUUCAAUGCUCCUUUCGCGACUACGGGCGAAAAGGUGGAACUCAAUGAAGAAGAAACUAUUUUGAUUAUUCGUCGUCUACACAAAGUUUUGCGACCCUUCUUGCUGAGACGAUUGAAGAAAGAGGUAGAGUCGCAGUUACCCGAUAAAGUGGAGUACAUUAUUAAAUGCGACAUGUCUGGCCUACAAAAAGUUCUUUACAAACACAUGCAGAGUAAAGGUGUAUUGUUAACUGACGGAUCGGAAAAGGGAAAACAAGGAAAGGGAGGAGCCAAGGCCCUUAUGAAUACAAUCGUACAGUUGAGGAAAUUAUGCAAUCAUCCAUUUAUGUUUCAAGCUAUAGAAGAGAAAUAUUGCGAACAUGUAGGCACACCAGGUUCUAAUGUUAUUACUGGUCCGGACUUAUUUCGUGCGUCUGGAAAGUUUGAACUUCUCGAUCGAAUUCUUCCCAAGUUGAAAGCUACAAAUCACAGAGUAUUAUUGUUUUGUCAAAUGACUCAAUUAAUGACAAUUAUGGAAGAUUAUCUGAGUUGGCGUGGAUUUAUGUAUCUGCGAUUGGACGGCACAACAAAAGCAGAGGACAGAGGAGAUCUGUUAAAGAAAUUCAAUGAUCCCGGAUCGGAAUAUUUCCUUUUCCUAUUAUCCACACGCGCAGGUGGUCUCGGUUUGAAUCUUCAAGCUGCUGAUACAGUUAUUAUCUUUGAUUCUGAUUGGAAUCCUCAUCAGGAUUUGCAAGCUCAAGACAGAGCACAUAGAAUUGGACAGAAGAAUGAAGUACGCGUACUUCGAUUAAUGACCGUCAAUUCUGUCGAAGAGCGAAUAUUAGCAGCAGCCAGAUAUAAGUUAAACAUGGACGAAAAAGUUAUUCAAGCCGGUAUGUUCGAUCAGAAGUCUACCGGCUCGGAGCGACAGCAGUUUCUUCAGAGUAUUUUACAUCAAGAUGACGCUGAUGAUGAAGAAGAAAACGAAGUGCCCGAUGAUGAAACAGUAAAUCAAAUGAUCGCUAGGACAGAAGGCGAAUUCGAGAUAUUCCAAAAACUAGAUCUGGAAAGACGACGCGAGGAGGCCAAAUUGGGUGCAAAUCGCAAAUCACGGUUGCUGGAAGAAGCUGAGCUGCCUGAUUGGCUAGUAAAAGACGACGAUGAGGUGGAAAGAUGGACCUAUGAAGAGGAUGAAGACAGAUUCCUCGGAAGAGGUUCGAGACAACGUAAAGAAGUUGAUUAUACAGAUAGUUUAACUGAGAAAGAAUGGUUGAAGGCGAUUGAUGAUGAUGGCGCCGAAUACGAAGAAGAAGAGGAAGACGACAAGAAGAAGAAAAAGACACGAAAACGAAAGAAAAAGGGUGAAGAGGACGACGAACCUAUGCCAAAAAAACGAAGAGGAGGCAGUUCUUUAGUGGAUCCUAAAAUGAAACGAGCUAUGAAGAAAUUAAUAACAGUAGUCGUUAAUUAUACGGAUAGCAGUGACGGUCGAUUAUUGAGCGAACCUUUUAUGAAAUUACCCUCUCGAAGAGAAUUACCAGAUUAUUACGAAAUCAUUAAGAAACCUUUGACUAUUAAUAAACUAUUACAGAAAAUUGAGGAAGGCAAAUAUGCUGAUUUAGACGAGCUUGAGAAGGAUUUCAUGCAACUUUGUAAGAAUGCUCAAAUUUAUAAUGAAGAAGCAUCCUUAAUUCAUGAAGAUUCGAUAGUAUUGCAAUCCGUUUUUACAAAUGCGCGUCAGCGUCUUGAAGAGGAGGGUAAUAAUUCCGACGGAGAUGAUAAGGAUGGUGAAGAAGGUUCCGAUGCAGAUUCUAGUGUAAGAAUGAAAAUUAAACUGAAGGGAAGAAAAAGCGAAGGAAGAGGUGGUCGUAGAAAGAGAGUUACUAAAAAAUAUAUAUCCGAUGAUGAUGAUGACGCAGAUGAUAAUUAAAGGAUAUAGCUUUUUAAAUGUAAGAUGACAAGAAAUAUAUAAAUAAAGUAGUUUAAGUAUUUACUUGGAAUUAUAUAUUUAAAAUUACAUUAUAAUAUGUUAACAUAACAAAAUUAGAGUACAACUACAAGCGACGAAUGUGACCUAUAGCAGAAGAAAGUACUUCUACUAGCCGGGUAUAACAUGGUAUUACGGUACUAUGUGCGCUAUACCAUUGUAAACUUUUAAUUAGUAAACUCGUAUGGAUAAGAUUUAACAAUAUCAUAAAUCUAUAUAUGUAUUGAGAUCUGGAUACACAAACAUAAACUGUAUUACUUUAUAUGAAUUUGCAUCUAGCAUGCAAGCUACGGCAUCGUUGUACAGAAAAGAGACUAGCUAUUUAAGAUUUAUUUUAAACAUUAUUGUUUAGAUCUCUUUAAAACGAUAUAUGAAAUUGAACGGAGCAUUAUAUUUGAUUGAUAAAGUUUGCUUUGAAUUUUAAUUUUUUAUCAAUAUUGGGACUAGCCUAUUGAUUUAAAUACAUUAUUCUCUGUGUAUUCGCAAUAAACUAUGUUAAAUUUUUA